UGACGUGUAUUUUGAUUGUCACGGCGAAUCACCGCGGCGUGAAAAACCUUUGCAGCGCGGUCUGCAACAAAAAAGAUCAAGCGAAUCUAGUUUGUUUAUAUUCUAUUUUCGGUGCCUAACCCUGCUUACUCAGCCUUUUCCAGCUUGUGGCAUCGAUUCUAAAUGGACCCGGCUCCGCGUAAUAAAGUAUUCGUAGGCAGUUUGCCACCGGGGACACGCCCGGAAGAAAUCCGUCGCUUGUUCGAAAACUACGGCGUCGUGACGGAGUGCGAUGUGAUGAAUCGAUGCGCAUUCGUUCACAUGCAAACGAUGGAUAUGGCUGAUAAUGCUAUUCAGGCUCUCCACAAUAGCCAAUUCAAUGGGGCCACACUGAAUGUGGAACGGGGUCGAACCAAGGAUCGAUCCGGUCCGGCAGCAUCCGGAGGACCGCCUUCAUCCGGACGCAGACCAGGUUUUCGUGGUGGACGCGGAGGUUCCGAUGAUGGUUACGAUCGAUCAGGAGGACCGGUACGACAGAACCAGGGUAGCCGUGGCAAUUUCCGCAAUCAACCUUACCAAAGCUCCUCGCCCGGACAGCAAGGGAGCACUCACGAAGGUCAAGGCAGGGGUGGAGGUUUCCGGGGAUCAAACAGAGGUGGCCGGGGUGAUCGUGGUGGACGUGGGGGAAGUCGAUUUUCUGGAGGACAUGGUGGUCAGUCGUACAACAGCGAGGACCGUCGCGGUUUUGCUCUUCCAAACGAAGGCAACGGAAGUGUUAAUUAUCAACAGAGAAGCGGUGGUGGUGGUGAAGGCAGCGGCCAUCCUAGAUUGGCCAUUAGCGUACAAAAUGAUCCCUACACUAGACGUACUCCCAGCAGUGGAGGAUAUAGUGGUGGAGCAACUGGUUACAGCCAAGGUCAAACAUCUGGAAGUUAUCAGGUCUCGAACUACAACCAAGCUUAUCCACCGCUAGGAAGUGAACCAUCACGUCACUUCCGUGGACAACAGCAGGACCAGAAAGGUUGGACAAAUUGAGUAAAUGACUUUGGAUUUCCAUAUUGUCGUUUCCAAACCUUGAAACAAAACCAAUCAUAGCCAGGCUCAAGCUCAUCUUGAAACACAUAAUUCAUCCUUUAGCAAUAGUUAAUUUUUACCUAUUUUGACAAUGGCAACUACAAAUUUCAUAACGGUUAUCAGUUAGAUAUAACAGAGAGAUCCGAUCACGACUAAAUAUAACCUAUACAGUUAAUCUACUGAAAUAUCAGAAUAAUGUCGCGCGAAUCUUAACGGGUCAACUCAUAUAAACCCUCCGGAGGAUUUGAUAUCUUGACAAAUACAUUUACCCAACUAAACUCCCUCACAGAA